AUGGGUAGUGCUGUUGAUCUGGGAAAUAAUAAUAUGGGGGAGUUCAAGCACUUGGUGAUUGUUAAGUUCAAGGAAGAUGCGGUUGUGGAUGAGAUUCUGAAAGGGCUGGAGAAUUUGGUUGCUGAGAUUGAUGUUGUUAAGUCCUUCGAAUGGGGACAGGAUCUGGAAAGCCAAGAGAUGCUUCGGCAGGGAUUUACCCAUGUCUUCGUGAUGACAUUCGACAAGAAGGAAGAUUAUGCUGUGUUUCAGAGCCACCCUAAACAUCAAGAAUUUUCAGCAAUAUUUUCAGCAGUUAUAGAAAAGCUUGUGCUGCUUGAUUUUCCACCUACUCUUGUCAAGACACCACCCAAGGCAGCACCACCAGAGGCACCACCAGCAUGA